CUCUCUCUCUCUCUCUCUAUAUUAUUUUCAAUGGAGUACUCACCAUCAAAAGGCAACAACUCUCCCUCCUCCUCUUCCUCAAAGUCCAAGAAGAAAUCGCAACAACAACAACAACCUCAGCAGCAGCAACAACAGGAGACGAGGUUCCUCGGAGUAAGGAGGAGGCCCUGGGGUCGAUACGCCGCCGAAAUAAGAGAUCCUUCCACCAAGGAAAGGCAUUGGCUUGGAACCUUCGACACCGCCGAGGAAGCUGCUUUGGCUUACGACCGAGCUGCCCGCUCCAUGCGCGGCUCCAAAGCCAGAACCAACUUCGUCUACUCCGACAUGCCUCACGGCUCCUCCGUCACCUCCAUUAUAUCACCGGACGAAGCCCGCGACAUGUCAGCCUUCUUCACCGCUCCUCCUCAGCCCCAAACGCAGAUGAUCACCUCCCACAACAACCCCCAGCAGCAGCAGCAGCCAUUCUUCACUCAGGACCCCUUUGAAGCCUACCAGUUUUCCGGCGGAUCGUACGGCUCCUAUGGACCCGGUUCGGGUUGUGGUAUUGGUGAUGGAACCGCUUCUCAUGACAAUGAGCUGCCACCUUUGCCUCCAAGUGUCUCCUCCACUUGUUAUGGGACUGGGGAAGUUAUGGGCUCAGACUUUUAUGGGUUCUCGGAGCCUACUACUACAAAUGGGUUUGAUUCCAUGGCCAGUGGGUCUUACAUGGGCUUUGACUCGAAUGAGUUUGUGCAGCACAGCCCACUUUUCGGGAGCAUGCCGCCGGUUGCGGAUUCCGGCAUCGACGGGUUUGAUCUAGGCACAUCAUCUGCCUAUUUCUAUUAGCUUGUUACUACUUCUAAUGUUCAAGUGUGCU